AUGCAUACCUCGGCGACCGCCAUCUCCGUUGCCCUACUGCUUUCUGGGGCCCUUUUUAUCUCGCUUUGGAAGAGCAGAUCACGGCGAGCCAAGUACCGUAGCCUCCUACCGCCUGGUCCCAACGGCCUACCGUGGGUUGGAAAUGUUUUCGAUAUAGAUGUGUCUCAGCCAUGGGUCACAUACCAAGAGUGGGGAAAUCGCUAUGGUGACCUCACCUACUCCCAAGUACUUGGAAAGGAGUACAUCAUCGUCAAUAGUGAGAAAGUUGCCCAUGAGCUGUUGGACCAACGCUCUUCAAUAUAUUCUGAUCGAGCUCGUGUACCAUCCAUCGAAUUGUUCGAUCUGGGUUUUGUUACACCAACUUUGCCCUACGGUGAAGAGUGGAGGAAGCAUCGAAGGGCGCUCCAUUUGGUCUUAAACAAGAAAGAAGCUCUGAAAUACGCAACGAUGCAGUUACAAAGGGCGCACGGACUCCUUAUGAACUUGCUCACGACACCACAAGACUUUGAGGAACCAUUUUUCGCAUUGAUUAUGGAACUUGCCUAUGGUUAUUCCGUAGUUCCCCAGGGAGACCCUUUCGUGGCCAGCCUAGUCCAAUUGCUUUCGUUGGUAAUAGAGGUGGUGACUCCUGAGCGAUCUGCACUCCUCGGAGCCUUCCCCUUCCUGGCUCAUAUACCCUCAUGGAUGCCUGGAGGCAAGUGGAAAAAGCGUGCUGGUAACUGUCGGCGACUUGUGAGGAAAGUACUAAAUGAUCCAGUUCAAUACGUACAUGACAGCAUAAUCGCUGGCACUGCGAGAAAAUCCAUGGUUCACGAUAUAUACCUGGACAAGGACGAUGAUUUGAAGCUUGGAUUCGAUAAGGACAAGGUCACGAAAGAGGUGGCCGCUACUGCGUUUAUGGGUGAGAUAAUUUCAUUUUACGAUUUCUGCAUACAUAUCUCACCUAGUCCGAAGCCGGGUCAGAAACCUACAACCUCCACAAUCAUAGUUUUCCUGCUUGCAAUGGUGUUGCACCCGGAUGUGCAACGAAAAGCACAGGAAGAAAUCGAUCGGGUAGUUGGCACCGAUCGCCUCCCUGAUUUCGGUGACCGGCCCAAUCUUCCUUAUGUCGAGGCAAUUCUGUUAGAGACACUUCGAUGGGUCUCGGUCGUUCCACUCGGAGUUCCACACAUGACAACUGCAGAGGACAACUAUAAUGGCCUGCGCUAUUAUUAUUCCGAAUAUGUGGAUCCGGAGCGGUACACUGAACCAAAGGUUUUUAACCCGGACCGGUACGGCAGCAAACUCGAAGACGUCGCCUCGUCUCCUGUAUUUGGCUUUGGACGCCGUCUCUGUCCUGGAAGAUAUCUCGCAGAGCAGAGUCUCUGGGCAGUGAUUGUAUCUAUGCUGGCGACUUUGCAAAUCGGGAAAGCAACAGAUGUUUCCGGGAAUGAGAUAGAGAUUCAUCCCAAGUUCGUGGGCGGGAUAACCAUUCGUCCAGAAGCAUUCCCGUGUUCCAUCAAGGCGCGAUCCUCGAGAGCUAAACAGCUGAUUCGCACCAGUACAACGUCUGCGGAUUGA